AUGCCACCCGAGUCAAAGUCAAUAAAGCAUUUGCCACUUCUCUACAAUCCCUUUUUAAAUUGCAUUUUCAAUAAUCCGCAUCAUUCGAAGAAUCCAUUCAGACAGACAAUUCAAGAAUUGUCAGAGAACCAUAAUGACUAUACGAUCUUAGUGCCACCAGCACAUAUACUUCACGAACUUUUUGAUCCCAGCACAGAAAAAUCAUCAAGUAAAACACGGUUACUUGAUUUAUGUUAUCAUAAUGAGGAUUUCAUACGAUCUCAUAUUAUAAAGACCAAUACCUCAUAUCCAUCAGUUGCACCGUCUAAGUCUCUGCUGACUAUUUAUGUGACAAUGAAUGGAAAACAGAUACUAGUAAAGAAUGGAAUGGUUUUCACAGGUAAAGGCUUCAAAAGGAGCUUAAGGCUAAAGAUAUUGGAUAUAAACUAUUUCAAUUCCUUCUGUGACUAUUUUCCAAAAGGUAGUAAAUUUAUGAUGCUAUAUAUAGAAGAUUCUUUGUUUGGGAGUUUUGAUCCUAAUGCAACGGUAACUACGCAACCAAAUGAAACAGACGUAACUCAAAUGGGAUCUGCAACAACGAAAGAACAACAAUUUAAUGACAUCACGUUUGAGAAGCUCUUGAGGAGCUUUCCGCUAUUGUCCAAUGCUGUGUCUGACAAAUUCUAUAAAUUAUUCCACCAUAAUAACUAUCAAUUCCGUUUGUUACGAACAAAUACUCGUAAGAAACUAGUUAGCAUAAAGUUCGAGUUUCAAAGCAUGCUAGAGGAAGCAUUUAAGAUUGUACUGGACAGUGUGAAAAUUGAUACACCAGAUAGCGAACAAACCUAUCAUUUAAUUAAUUAUAUUCUUAGGCUUUAUCCUGGUUUAGAUUUAAACAAAUUAGUUCAUGAAUACGUGGAACUAAAUUUGUAUGAUAAACUUUGGGCUCAAUUAAUAUUCCAAUUUGACAUAAUUGAUGAUGACAAGCAAAAUUCGGAUUCGGAUGCAAUAAAAAUCUUAACUAAAGAAAAAUAUGAUCAAUUGGCGUAUAUAUCAUUGAACCAAUUAGACAUUCCUACAGACAAACCAUGGCAUAUUAACGAAUUGCAUAAGAGAAUAUACAAAGCAAUUAGAGAGUUUUCGAAGUUGUCAGACGCUUCUAUUCUUAAUCUGGCUGGCAAAACUCAAAUCUUAAAAAGUACGGUAAAUAUAUUAACAAAUAACGCAAACCACCAAAUCGAGUUAGAAUCAAUGACAGAAAAAACAGUUACUGAUGAUAUUAUUGUAAAUGCAGACAUUUUGAUUGGAAUGCUAAUUAUGGUUAUUGUUCAUGCGAAGAUGGAUAAUUUGGAGGCUCAUUUAUAUUAUAUAAAGCACUUCAAUUCAGUAGACUAUACAAGUGAUGGUUAUUUUUGUUAUAUUCUAAGCAACUUUGAUGCUGUUAUCUACCACUUAUCGUCUUCUAUGAAUGACGAACCGCAGUACACCGGGUUACUUGAGUCUUCCGAAUUAAAUCACAAGUUUUGGUCGUUGAUUGAUUCAGGCGAUAAUGAUAGUCUUCUAGUAUUACUAGAUGAAGUUCAGCAAGAAUUGGGUGAUUCCAGGCUCCCGGAUAACCAUUUCUUAAAGAGUAGAAAUGUUCAAGGCGAAAGUUGUUUGAUGAUGGCCAUCAAAGCUAAUAACUCAGAUGCAUUUAAUUAUAUAAUCAAUUAUAACUAUCAGUGGUUCUCUAUUGAUGAUAUUUUAUUUGAUAAAAAUACAACUACGAACCAGACUUUGUUGAUCGCUGCACUAACAGAAGAAUCAUAUAACAUUAUUAGACAGUUAGUUGAUUUAAUACUUCAAAAUGCAACAUUGGACGAACAGAUUUUGUAUUUUAAUUCACCGGACAAUUCAGGAAGGUCUGUUGGGCAUUAUUUUCAUCAUUUCCCUGAUUUAAUUGAUCAGAUAGGAUUCUUGAUAGAUUGGGAAUUAAAAGAUCUUAAUUCUCAUACUCCUUUAUUUAGCCUAUGUCGAUGUUAUGAUCAUCUAAACUAUGCAACUCUACUUGAAAAAGGGUUUGACUGCAUUUAUAAGAAGUAUAAUAAGAAUUCCAUUGAUUUUGAUAAACAUAUUGAUAAAAUGGGAAAUACGCUAUUGCAUAUUAUGCUUAAAGAUUUAUCAAAGACAAAAUUAUUAGCAUAUGAAACUAAUUUAAUUAAUUUGAAUCAAUUGAAUUAUAAAAACUUAACUCCCCUAAAUCUAUACGUGAAAUACAAUCGGCUAGAAAAUUUAGAAGAGAUCUUAAAGGAUGAUAGGUUAGAUUUCAAAUACGAGGACAGCACUAAUUUUUAUUCCGUUUUUGAUUUCUUAGGUAGCCUGACUGUAAAGAGUACCACUGACAAGACAUUGAAAGAAAUCGAGAAGUUGAUUUAUAAUUACUAUUUCGUGAAUUAUUUCCCAAAUACAGAUACAGAAAAAAUUGCAGCCUUGAAUGCAAGGUAUGAUAGUGCGAAGAAAGAUUGGGUUUUAUUCUUCACUAAAAGUAAUAAGACGCCAACAAUUAAUACCGAACCUUUAAGCAGAUUACGAAAAUUUGUUUACAUAUUCAAAUUAGAUAAUAACUAUUCGUUUUUUCCAGAUAGUGAAACAUUUUGGUUAAAUUUUCCUCAAGAGAAGGCGAUGGUUCCAAUUUUUACCAAAUUCAGAAUUAACAGAAUUAUUGAACAUAUGAAUAUGUAUAUGAUAAAUUUAGCCAUGCAUCCAGCAUUGGCCAAGACACAGUAUUUUGAAAAGUUCUUUGUCGAGAAUAGAGAUAAGCUGACACUAGAGCUAAUUAAUGACAUUAAGAAUCGCCAAGAAUCAGUUAGGCGUGAGUACGGAGAUUUGGUUUUGGGGAUAGGCCAAGUUAAUGAGAUAGAUUUCUUCCUCAGAUUUUCGUUGACUGAUUUACAGAAUUUUCAAACUAUUAUUGCGAGAUUCAAUAAAUUAGCAGCCAUAAGUGAUAUAAAACAGUCAGAUGUAAGGAUAGUAACUGACAGGAUGAUAAAUAGAUUAUCAUCCAGCCACAUCUUACCAGCAGACGUGUCACGAGAGUUUACUUUCACAUUAACAAACCAAUACAAAAGCCAAGAUUCCUCUUAUAGCGAACUUCUCUCAUUUACGUCUUGGUUAGAGCUUUGCUCAAUAGAACUUACGAAGAAUAUCCACCACCUCUUACUCAAGCUUGAUGACUGGAAAGAACUCCACAAGAAUAUCAAAGAGCUCAAUAUUGAGUUGACUAAAUACGAAGAAGAUUUACCUGCACGUUAUGCUACUACUACUACUGCUGCUGCUGCUGAAUCUACAACAGAAACAAGCACUGGGGCUAAUACCUCAGGUUCUCUCCCCAACACAGCCAAUGAUGGUAACUUGCAACAAGCACAUCAAUUAGAAGCUGAGGCGGAGGAAAUUACAAAUACGUCGUCUUCAUUUUUCAACUUUGGAAAUAUCAUAGAAAAUAAGAAGGCUAGAUACAAGAAGCUUCUCUUAAUGAAAGCAGAAGAAAUAAAGAAGAUCAUGAAAUUGAAUGCUGAAUUGAAAUUUGAUCAUGAGGCCAUUGCAGCUGAAAUAUCAAAUUUUUUGAAAUUCAAGUCAAAUUUCAUUAAUUUGGGUAUCAAGCGUUACGUUAAGUCAUCCUUAUGCUUGCUGAGGAUACGGAACUAUGAAUUAGCAAAACUAUUAAAUAGCUGUAAAAGAUAA